CACCAGAAGCAUUCACAUAGGAAACGAACAAUGUUCACUGAGGACCAACUGGAAGCCUUGGAAUUCUUGUUCAGUCAGAACCCUUACCCCCCACCCAGCCUGCAGAAGGAGAUGGCCUUGAAACUGGGGAUCCACCCGACAGUACUCCAGGUUUGGUUUAAGAACCACAGAGCGAAACUCAAGAAAGCCCAAUACAAGCACGUGCAGCAAAAACCAGAACCUGAACAAGAGCAUGUAGCUGGGGUGGACCUCAAGACCAGCUCUUCCAAGAGAAACAUGGCUACAUCUCCAGGAUUCUCUCAUGGUGCCUACCCUGCGUCCCUGGUUUACACAGAUCAUCCAAUACCUUCCUUCCAACUCCGCCUAUGCCCCAAUUUGAAGGCUCUCCCAGACCAUUCCAUUGGCCACAAAAUAGUCCACUUUGGCUGCUGUCAAGAUCCUAAUAUCUACUCCCUUUGUCCCAUUUUGGAAUCACAGAUUCUUUCUGCAAGUUUCACUGCUAAUCCCUUUGGUUCUACAUCACCACAAAGAGCCUUAUGA